AUGGAUUUGAACCUGGAAUUGCCUGAGGGCACAGUGCAGAACGUGCUGGAUCAGGAUACGCUCAAGUGGGUUUUCGUCGGUGGCAAGGGCGGCGUGGGAAAGACGACGUGCAGUUCCAUUCUUGCAAUUCUACUCGCGCGGGUGCGACCCUCUGUGCUUAUCAUUUCCACUGACCCUGCACACAAUCUUAGUGAUGCGUUCCAGCAGAGGUUCACCAAGACUCCUACACUUGUUAAUGGGUUCUCCAACUUGUACGCCAUGGAAGUUGAUCCUAAUAUGGAGAAUGAAGACCCAUUGGGUUCAGAUAAUACAGAUGGGUUUCUAUCCGACUUAGCAAAUGCUAUUCCUGGAAUUGAUGAAGCUAUGAGUUUUGCAGAAAUGCUGAAGUUAGUGCAAACAAUGGAUUAUUCUGUGAUAGUAUUUGAUACAGCUCCAACUGGGCAUACUCUCCGCCUGUUACAAUUCCCUUCAACAUUAGAGAAGGGGCUUGACAAAAUGAUGAGUUUGAAGAGUAAAUUUGGUGGCUUGUUGAGUCAGAUGACUCGUCUACUUGGUGGUGGUGAUGAAUUUGCUGAGGAUGCAAUGUUCGGAAAGCUUGAAGGCAUGAAAGACGUGAUUGAACAAGUGAACAAGCAGUUCAAGGAUCCAGAUUUGACAACAUUUGUCUGUGUUUGCAUUCCGGAAUUCCUCUCUCUAUAUGAAACUGAAAGACUUGUUCAGGAACUGACCAAAUUUGAGAUAGAUACACAUAAUAUCAUUAUUAAUCAAGUAAUUUUUGAUGAAGAAGCUGUGGUAUCCAAAUUGCUGAAAUCUAGAAUGCGCAUGCAACAAAAAUACUUGGAUCAGUUCUACAUGUUGUACGAUGAUUUUCACAUAACUAAGUUGCCAUUGCUGCCCCAAGAGGUUUGUGGGGUCGAAUCCUUGAAAGCAUUUUCACACAAUUUCUUAUCGCCAUAUCAACCAUCCAUUGUUCGAGGAACUAUAGAGGAGCUGGAGCAGAGAAUAUCGAUACUUAAAGAAGAGCUGAAGAAUGCUGAAACAGAACUAGAGAGACUGGGAAAAGGAAAACAAAAGUCAAACUUAUUUACUAAUUUUAACAAGACAACCAUUCUGCUUCGGCGUUCAUUCAAAAUCUCAAUUCAAUUUCUGCGUUCCAUGGAGGCGUACAAGAGAUGGGUUAGGAGGAAUAGGGACUACGUGCACUCGCUUGAGUCUCUAGCUAAUGGUUUGACAUGGCUUCUCCCAGAACGAUUUUCUGAAUCAGAAAUUGGACCAGAAGCAGUAACAUCAAUUGUGGGUAUCAUCACUUCUGUCAAUGAUCAUAUAAUCGAGACGACACCAAUCCAUGUGCACAUGGGGCACGUCCCCCAGCCUUCCUUCCCAUUGUCAUUGUUCAUAACUUUGCUAAAGGACUUGGAAACACUGGUUGAAGUUGCAUCACAGCAAUUCUAUGGUGAUGAAAAGAAAUGGAAUUUCAUUGCUAUAACAGAAGCUACCAAGGUAUUACUUAGGCUAGCAUUGUUUAGAAACAGUGGAUAUAAAAUGCUCUUGCAUGGUGGGGAGAAUACAAAUGACGGGGAGGAUUCGGAUGCACUAGAUUCACAGGAUAGAAAUGGACUUUUGCCAAAGCCUGGGCAGCAUCAGGUUCCUGGUAAUCUAAAGAAUUAUCGAAGACAGAAUCCAUUGAAUCUGGAAGGAAGGGCAUUAUCUGCCUUAAAUAGUUUCGGUGAAAGUGCAAGGACAGUUUCUGAGCCAACAUGGUUAUCUAGAGUUCAGCAUCAGCAGGCAAUAAUGGAGCCUUCAACAACAGUGGCCGAGAAACCUAGCCUUUCCUCUAUCUUGUCUGAGAAGGGCGUUCCUGGGGGCUUAUUUUUGGUAGGAGAGAUGAUGUUUAUCUUAAGACCAUUCAUUUAUGUAUUACUAAUAAGAAAGUAUGGGCCUCGGUCAUGGUUUCCUUGGUUUACUUCAUUGACUGUGGACCUCAUUUCCAAUGGCAUUAUUUCAUACAUCACAAUUUUGAGGCAAAAUAGCAACGAUUUUCAUCUUUCCAACCUCGAGAAGCAUGAGUUAAAAAGGCGAAAGCUCUUGUUGGCACUUUACCUUAUGAGAGAUCCAUGUUUUUCAAAGUAUACCAGGCAGAGACUUGAUAGUACUCAAAAGCUACUAGAACCGGUUCCCGUUGUCGGGCUUCUUACUGAGAAACUCGUUGAACUUAUUACUGGAGCCCAGACGCGAUACACCUACAUGUCCGGUUCAUGA